AUGCCGGUCACGAUGUGGCUGAAGACGGUCCGCGCCGAGGUCCGUCGACAGGCUGCGACGAUGGGCGUGCAGUGGAGUGACGGCCAGCUGUACCAUGAGGUGGCUGCGCACUUGGACGGCGAGGCGAAGAGGUGGUUCGCGACGGUGAUGGAGUCCGUACCGCCCGAGGAGGAGAACAUCAACACCCUCGCGGGCAUGCUGCGGGCCAAGUACAUGACCCAGGACACGACCCCCGAGCGAGGAGAUGUUGGCGAGAGCUGGCUCGUGAGCGCCUUCAUGAAGGGCAUGAGCAGCACCGAGGGAGCGACACACGUGCGUGGACACCGGCCGAAGACACUUGACGGGGCCGUCAAUCUGGCCGUCCCCCACGUGGGUGAGUACGGCGAGGGCUACGGAGCCCAGUACGGGCGCGGGCCCUUGGCGGCAGCCAAGGUGACGAGUGGGCAAGAGCAGUCGGGGCUUCGCGGCAACUCGAGGAACGAGGUGACUGGGUACGGCCCGAUGUGGGGCACGACUCAGAAGCCACCAAGGUACGAUACCGAAGGAAGACCGGUAUCGACCGGU